AUGUCCGACACCGUCAUCGAGUCUGUCAACGCGUAUCGCAACCUGGUGCGAGAUCUGCUGGCGACAGCAACAGAGAUCAAACAAAGCAACAAUGUCGAACCGCCUUUGAUGGAAGCACACCUUGGUGACUCUAUAUGGCGCGUACAUCCUAAGUCUGAGAUCGAGUUGAACAAACCGCAUAAAUACGCGGCUGUUGAAACUGCAUUCAGGGAGAAGUUUUACGAACUUCUGGCUUCUACUUCGAUAGAUGAGCCUGCCUUCGUCAAUGUCUGGAACCUCUUGGACAUUGUAUCUAUUUUCUCCGAUAACGAACAAUGCGAAGCUGGCCUUAUUUUCUGGUUGAUCGAAGAGCUCCUGGAUAGCCAAACUGUUGAGGGAUGUCGAAAGGUUUUUGAUUAUUUAGAGUCUCGAAGGGAGAUCAAUACAGCGAAACACUUUGAGUCGAAGAAGUUGAUUAUACUGCGUUCGUGCAAUGAAUUACUUCGUCGGCUUUCGAGAGCAGAAGACACCGUAUUUUGUGGCCGGGUUUUCAUAUACAUGUUUCAGAGCUUUCCACUAGGUGACAAGAGCUCUGUCAAUCUUCGAGGAGAAUUUCACACAGAGAAUGUCACCACCUUUGAUGUUGUGCAGAAACCAGAGGGCGACGCCAUGGAGGUUGAACCUACUGAGAAGAGUGAACAAGCAGUCGAGACACAGCAUCAACAAACCGAUGAAAGCGAAGCUACUCAGUCCGCAAAAGAAACAAACGGCCAUGUGCCAGAUUCCUCGCCAAAUGAAAAGAAGAACGAUGAGAAUACAAAGGCUACUAUUGACCUGGAUACACUAUAUCCCGUUUUCUGGGGCUUGCAAGCGUUUUUCUCAUCGCCGACCAGGUUGUUUAACCCAGAGAACUUUGCAUCCUUCCGGUCCGGGCUGGAGAAAACAUUGUCUACUUUCAAGUCAAUUAACACGGACAUCGACACUCGAAGUGCUGCGAAAGCUCCGGAGGAGCUCCGUCGGGGCCUUAAACGUAAGCGAAAUGGAGAUGGAGUGGAAGUGUCGAAUAAUUUCAACCCUAAAUACCUAACUAGCCGCGAGUUAUUUGACCUGGAGGUGAAUGACAUUGCAUUUCGCCGGCAUGUCCUUGUGCAGGCGUUGAUUCUACUAGAUUUCAUACUGUCUUUGACCCCACAAGCCCGCCAAAGACUUUUGAAGUUGAUACAACCGGGGAAGGCGGUAAAUAAGACUGCCAAAUGGGCAACACAAACACGAGAUAUCGUCGCCGAUUAUCUACAGCAAGGCGUUGACGGUAAAUUUUACUACCGAAUGGUCGACACAGUACUUUCCCGUGACAAGAACUGGGUUCGCUGGAAAGUCGAAAACUGCCCGCCUAUUGAAAAGCCAGCAAUCAAAGAGGAGGACUGCCUCAAGGCUCGCGAGGGUGCCGUGAAGAUUUACUCCAGCAAACGCCUUAGACCGGCGCCAAUAGGAUCCCUCGAUCUCACGUUUCUGUCAGAAGGGAACACUACUACUAGUCUAGAACAACUGAAAGAACCAGAUCGAUACGGAACCCCCGCACCAGACUCUUUCAUGAUGGCCAUCCUUGACGAUGAAUUCGACAUCGACAUGGCCAAAGAGAAAGACGAAAAGGAAGCUGCGCUACGAUCGAAAGCGAGCAAGGUGUGGCGAACCCUACGAUUAUCGUCCCGCAGCAAGCUCGCUGAGUUUGAGAAGAUUGAGGAUGGGAAAAAGAUUAAUUUGCUGUUUGAGAGCGCACCAGAGGAAACCAAAGAACCAGAAUCAGAGCCCUCGGAGGACGCGCAGAAGAAAGCAGAUACCGAUAACGAAGGGCCGAAAGAGGAGAACGCGCAGGAAAAUGGGGAAGAACAUCAGGAGUCGACGAUAGACGAGGCGCAGGUCCAAGAAACGGAACAGACAACAGCCACGGCUACAUAA